AUGUUUCGCUCAAGGAUACGCAGCCGCUUGCUGGAGCGGUACGAAGGGCAACUUUUCCGGCAGAUGGCCGAUAACCUCCCAGUGACGACGACGAGGAGGACAGGAUACGCGACAAAGAGUCCCUUGAACAACAAGGCUUCUUCUUCUUCUUCUCCUUCUUCUUCACCACGAAUCACCGCAACGACCUCUGCAGCAACAGCAGCAGCAGCAGCAGCAGCAUCACCGCCCUCCAGAAACGGAGGACAAGGACAAGGAAAAGAAGGAGCAGCAGCAGCAGCAGAAGCCGCCGCCGCUCUGCGCACGGCCGAGAUGCGCGAAUCUGCCCUCCGCGCGGCCCGUCUGCGGCGUCUGGCGCAGCACCAGGACAGGCUUGCCGAGGAGGAGAAGAAGAGGGAGGAGAAGAGGGAGUAUAAGAGGCGGUAUGACGGGGCGGCGAGGAGGUGGGUGUCGACGAUUAUUGCGCUGCCGAUAUUGUUGGUUACGAGUUAUUAUCUGUUUGAUCGCUUGGUGUUGGGCAAGAAAGCAAAGAGUUUGGAAAAGUAUCGGGGGAAAAAGGCGGACUCGGAUGGGUCGAGGUGA